AGUGUCGAUCUCCGUCAUAAUCUUAUCCAACUUUUUGCUGCAGGCAUGAGCAUGAUGCAUCCAAGGUUGACGUCACUCUGGCUGCCGGGAUAGCCAGCAAUCAGGAUUUGGAACUCGCAAGCAUGGAAAAUACAUGAAACUUGGUAUUUCUGCUUCUGCUUUUCUGUAUUUUAUGUCUUGCAUUCCCCAUUUUCAUUCUGCCCUGCAUUGUCACUCUUGCAUCUAAAAGCAGAUCGGAUCUUCAAACUAGUACAUAUCUCUUCAACACAGACAACCGCCAUCAUGCCGACUAUGCUUGGUCUCACCAACGAUCGCUCGCCUCACGGGCUUAACGCUGAAGAAAGCAAAUUCGGUGGUCCCUCCAGCCAGAGAGGCAUGGAACUUACCCCGCGCCAACAAAACGGUAGCAUCGUAUCCGGCAUCGAAGGCUCCGACUUCUUCAACGGUGGUGGCAAGCAAAAGGAGCACGACGCAGAUGAGGAAUCAGAUGAGGAGAACCUCAAGACCAUCAAGGGCCGUAACCUCUCCGCCGUCAAGGAGAUGGAGACUCUUCUCUGGCGUGCCCUCUGCGACAAGCCCAAGACUGCCCUCAAGUACAUCGCCAAGGACGCCGUCAUGUCGAACCGCUUCCUCUUCGGCGACCCUGUCCCCCGAACCGCUGACUCUGAUCCCUCUCUAGAAGAAGAGAUCAAGCACUGUGAGGAGUGGCUCGCCUACAAGAUGCACGACCCCCAGCCCGUCGAGAUUGGUCUCAUGGCUGCUGCCAUUGGCUACAAGGUCACCCUCUUCCGCCAACUUGACCAAGGAGAUGGCAACUUUGGCAUGCAGACCGUUCAAGCUACGUGCUCGAGCUCCUGGAGGCAACUCGCUAGUGGCGACUGGGAGCUUACCAGUAUGUUUGCUGGUUAAACGGUUUGAUGAUAUGGAUGAUUGCAUGAAAUGGACCGGCGUUAAAUCAUGAAUGGAGUAUUGGUUGGUGAUUCGUGCCUAAAGGAGCUACAUCAUAAAUAUGAAUAACAGAUUACUUGCACAUGAAAUCUCUAUGUAAAAUCUUUUGUCAUUCCUUCAGUUGAAUCUCUCACCUUUAUGGCAUGUACGCAAUAUGAGGUGAAUAAGACGGCUUUUAUCUUGUGGCAAACAACGCUUUAUUCUUAAAUCCACUAAUGUAAGC